AUGACAUCCUUAGCUGUUAGCGUUUUCUUCUCUUUAAAUCUUUUAGCAAUUCUGUGCAUAAGAAUAUGUGUCUGGCCCCAUCAAGCAUCCGGAGAAGGAGCCUCUCACCACCAAGGCCAACUUCCACGUUAUAGCAAAAGAAAGGUUUUUCUCUAUACUCACAUGUUACCGGUGGAAAAUCCUGUUUUAAACUAUGUAUUAUUUACAACAACAACUCAGCCAGGUACAUUGUACGAAAAAAAAAGGUCGGAAAAAGCCUAUUAGCUUGACUAACUGUGAACUUUUUCAGUUGCAUGCAUGGACCUUAUCAGUACCUUAUUUUUUCAUGUCAGUAUACCCUUCAUCUCAAACAGACAAAGUAAUUCCUACACUGUGGACAUGAUCACUCGUUCUUUCAAGUUAUUAUGUCAAAAAUCCUUUCUUCUCGGAUGAAGUUUUUCGACAUUCCACUAAGGCAGGAAAGGUUCAUCAAAAUUUUUUUGGUUUGUUCUGGUUUUUUUAUUUUCGUUGUGGUCUGCAUAUCGCUAAAAUAAGGUUUUUAGAAGAUCAACAAAGACGAGGAAUGACUCAUUACGUCACAGUAAGAAGGAAGAAAUCACAAAAAUAAAACAUCAGAUCUAAAAAGCAUUACUAACUUGGGAUGUAAAGUCAAAACCGUUAGAGUGUGGCUAAGGUGGUUAUUUUGGUACCGCUUUUUGUGAAACAACUUAAUUAUAGGUAUAGAGUGAAGAGGUGGAAAUGUAAAUACUUGUAAAAUUUUGGAAAAAACUCAUAUUGCUUGGAAUCUUAAAUGGCUUCUGCGGUCAAAUGUAGAACCUAGUAUCAUGGCUAUAUUAUUUUUUUCUCUUGGGUAAUUUUACUAUUAUUGUCCAGUGAUGUGUUGCAUUUAUUCACAUGAGAGAAAUGAAAGACAAACAAAUGUCAGGAUAUAUAUCAAAAUACCAUAUGCUACUUUUCUACCGAGUCAAUUCUGAAUACGAUACGACCUUUGCGUUUAUAUUUUGCACAUCAUACUUUAUCCUAAACCAAGCUUGCGCAGAUCUUAAUUCUAAUCACAUUCAUGUAUUUUGUGAAUACUGUUCGUGUUAAUUUUUACCUAGCAUUGUGGCUCAGAGGAACAUUACCUUUGGAAAGGAUGACGAUUUCUCGACACAUAACAAAGUAAUUGCCAUAUUGUGGACAUGUUCUGUCAUUUCUUCGACAAAAGUUUUUGGUCACGAGAACGGGGACAGCGAAAAGGAAUCUUACUUCUGUAAUUUGCAGAGGCUCUUUGAAUGUUUUGAAUGGACAGCAUUUAGUGUUAUAUCACUAACCCUUGGCGUUUUCUUCACUUUGACGCUUUCAGCAAUUCUUCACAAUAAUAUGCAUCAAACUGUGGCCCCAUCAGGAGAGGGAGCUAGUUAAAACCAACGGCAGCUCCAAGCUAGCUACGGCGAAAGCAGUGAAGGUUACCUGGAUGAUGAUCGCAAUCGCUAUUUUGUUCCUCGUUUACGAGUUAUCUUUCGAUUUUAUAAGGGCAUUGCUAUAUCUUGGCUUUAUGAUUGAGCCUUUGGAGCCAACUUUAAAAAUGGACUGA